AUGGCUACGAAAAAUGUGCUGUUGGAUUUUAAGAAAUUUUAUUUAAGAGAUAUGAGAUUGCUGAAUAAUCUUGGCGUGUAUGUACCAGUAGAAAAAAGUAAAUAUCCUAAGCUUUUUGCAUUUUAUUGCUUCAUGGUAUUUUUCUUUUUUAUGGGUUUACUAAAUGGAGCUCAGUACUUGUACACUUUUAUCAACGCACAAAGUAUUCGCGAUUUUGCAGGAACUGGAUAUGUGGCAAAUAUUUGUUCGAUGGCCAACGUAAAAUCGUACUAUAUUUUUACUCAGAGAAAACAAGUAAUAAAAAUUUUCAAUGAUCUAAACUGCCAAAGAUUUCAGCCAACAACAGAAAAAGCCAAGAAGUUAGCUCAAAAAGGCUUAGAUUUCUAUUAUAAGGCAAACGUGUUCCUUACUGCCAUAUCAGUAGUGGCUUGCACGUUUUCAGUGACAACGCCAAUCUUUUAUCCUAAAAAUGGCGGCCUUCCGUUUGCUACAUGGUAUCCCUUCAAUGUGUCAACUACACCUAUACACCAAAUGGUCUACCUUCACCAGACAAUAUCAGUGUAUUAUGAUACUCUAAUCAACGUCAGUGGCGAUUUGUUGGUAGCUGGUUUGAGCACUUUUAUCGGUGUUCAGUGCGACUUGCUUUGUUACGAACUAGUAGAGGGUCGAAGUGACUCCUUGGUUGAUUAUAUCAAGUAUCAUCAGGAAAUUGUAAGGUUAGCUCAAAAAUCAGAACAAAUCUUUAGUAGAAUAUACUUUUUUCAGUUCUUUGCAACAACAACGGGAUUAUGUAUGACCCUAUUCUUAAUAACCUUGGUCGAGCCUAAUACAGUUGAAUUUCUGUUCUUGGUGAUAUAUCUAGCAGCUAUUUUUAAUUUAUUGUUAAUUCCAACCUUGUUUUCUUCAGAGCUUAGACGAAAGAGUGAGAAUAUUCCCAUGGCAGCCUACUCAUAUCCUUGGGUGGAUGCUCCCAAGAGCUUGAAAAGAGAUCUAAUAUUUUUUAUUCACAGAACUCAAACUCCAAUACAAUUCCAAGUUCUUGGAUUCUUCAAUUUAUCCUUGGAAGUCUUUUUAAAGAUGGUAAGAAACUACAAACGAAAAACAAAUCGUGCAGAUAUAAAUGCUGGAGAUAUAAAGAAAGCCGUAUGGGAUGAAAUUAAAAAUAAAACAGCAAUUAGAAAUGCCGCUUUAACGUUCAACAUAUCUAAUACCACUCUUUAUAGACAUGUGAAAAAAUUAAGGUCUCAAACACAACAUUUUCAAAUUGAUGAUUCAGCAAAUGAAUCACUUAGUGAAGGCGAUUCCCCACAUAUGCCAAAAUAUGUACAGAAAAGAACAGAAUGUACAUAA